AGCUAUAGAAGCGAACAGCUGGUUCGAUUUCCAAAACAAUUUCUUUUUAUUUCAAUUCCAUUUACUUUGUUUUUGCUCCUAAAACUGCGUCAUGUGGUUGGAAAUUGUUGCACUGCUGCUAACGGCAAUCGUUUUAUGGGACUAUCUAAGUACGCGACGACAAAAAAAAAUGAUAGACGCGGCUGGAAUUAAGGGUCCAAUAGAGCUCCCUCUGCUGGGCAAUGCGCCAGUCCUUAUGAUGGGCGAGUCAGCUAAAACUAUGCUGAGCCUGGUAUCACGUAUUAUUGCAAAACAUGGUAAAAAUAUAAAAUUAACCAUGUUGCAUGAGUACGGCUUCAUCACCGCCGAUGUGAGAAUGAUUGAAGCCAUUUUGAGCAGCCAGCAGACAAUUAAAAAGAACAGUUUGUACAACCUGCUGCAGUACUGGCUGGGAAAUGGCCUGCUGCUGAGCACCGGCAAAAAAUGGUUUAGACGCCGCAAAAUUAUCACACCCACUUUCCACUUCAAGAUACUCGAAGAGUUCGUGGAGGUCUUCGAUCAGCAGAGUGCUGUUAUGGUAGAGAAACUGUACGAUCGAGCCGAUGGCAAGACUGUCAUCAAUAUGUUCCCAGUCGCCUGUCUGGCUGCCCUCGAUAUCAUUGCCGAAACAUCGAUGGGUGUGAAAAUCAAUGCACAGAACGAACCCAACUUUCCCUAUGUGCAAGCCGUGAAGACUGUAUCCAACCUAAUGGCCGAGCGCUUCAUGAGUCCCCUGCAGCGUUACGAUCAAACCAUGCGCAUAUUCUUCCCACGGCUCUUUCGCAAACUGAACCAGAAUAUCAAAGUCAUGCAUGACUUUACAGACAAGGUCAUUGCGGAGCGUCGUGAUACCCUGGAAAAGGCAAUGAAGGAGUCCACACAAAACACCGCAAGUGCCGACGACAAUGACGUGGGCUGCAAACGCCGCAUGGCGCUACUGGAUGUCCUGCUGCAGUCCACGGUUGAUGGGCAGCCACUGAGCAAUCAAGACAUUCGCGAGGAGGUGGAUACAUUCAUGUUUGAGGGUCACGACACGACGACCAGUGCCAUCUCCUAUACCCUGUAUCUGCUGGCCAGGCAUCCAGAGGUGCAAGCGCGCGCCUUCCAAGAGGCCGUCGACGUCUUUGGCGCUGACAAAGCCAAGCCGAGUACCAUGCGGGAUCUGGGCGAAUUGAAGUAUUUGGAAUGCGUCAUUAAGGAAGCACUUCGCUUGUUUCCACCAGUGCCCAUUAUUGGCCGCCAUCUGACAGAGGAUGUUACGUUGAAUGGAAAGAACUUUGCCGCCGGCACAAACAUCAUCUUGCUCAUCUACAAUGCACAACGAGAUCCAGACUUUUUCCCCGAGCCGGAAAAGUUCGAUCCGGAUCGUUUUAGUCCAGAAAACAACAGCAAGAUUGAUGUCUUUGCGUAUGCUCCAUUUUCGGCGGGUCCACGCAACUGCAUUGGCCAAAAGUUUGCCAUGCUGGAGAUGAAGAGCACCAUUAGCAAAAUGCUGAGACACUUCGAGAUACUGCCACUGGGCGAGCCUGUGCAACCGAUCAUGAAUUUGAUCUUGCGCUCCACGACUGGCAUUAAUAUAGGACUGAAGCCGCGUAUUUACUGAAACACAAACUAACUGAAUUAAUACUCGAUUUA